AUGGAAAGCAAGAAGAAAGAAAUACAGCUCCAGGCCAUAAUAACUAAUCAAAACCAGUGGGAUGAAAUGUUGCUGACAAAAGGUGUAGUAGUAAUAGAUGUGUAUCAAGCUUGGUGUGGUCCUUGCAAAGCUGUGGUGAACUUACUCAGAAAACUGAAGAAUGAGUUUGGUGAAGACGAUGUGUUGCAUUUUGCAGUGGCAGAGGCUGACAACAUUCCAACUCUGCAACCAUUUAGGAAUAAAUGUGAACCUGUUUUUCUUUUUUGUGUUAAUGGCAAAAUUGUUGCAAUAGUAAGAGGUGUAAAUGGUCCUCUUAUAAGUAAGAAAAUAACAGAGCUAGUACAGGAAGAGAGGGAAAUUGCAGCUGGAAAGAAGGAACGCACAGAGGUAGAUGAACUUGUUUUCUUGGAAGAGAAAUCAUCAGAAGAGACUGUAGAAGAGACUGUACCUGAGGUAGUCAGAUAUUCUAUUGGAAUUAUAAAACCUGAUGAUGUCUUAGAGGGACGCGUAGAAGAAAUUAAACAAAAGAUUAGAGAUGCAGGAUUUGUCAUUGAGGCAGCAGAGGAGAAAAUGUUAACUGAAGAGCAAAUCAGAGUGUUCUAUGCCCAGAAAAAAGAACAGAGUGAUUUUGAUGAUUUUGUUCAAUUCAUGAUGAGUGGACCAUGCCACGUUUUGGUAAUCAUUAAAAGAGAAGCAACUGAUGCUAUUCCUCACUGGAAAGAACUAUGUGAAUCGAGUGAGAGUGUGCCUGAUGAGCCUGAGGCUGAGCAGCCAGAGAGUUUGGAAGAAACUGUGGAAACUGAGAGUAUAUUUAAUCUAUGUGACAUUCAAGACAGUGUAGAAGAUGCCAGCAGACAACUUGCCUUCUUUUUCCCAAAUUUUGGUAUACAGAAGACAGACCAAAAAGUUGAAAAGACUUUGGCAUUAAUUAGACCCUCUCUCUUAAAGGAAAGACGAUAUUCUAUCAUGCAAAGAAUAAAGGAUGAUGGCUUCAAAAUAGCAAUGCAGAAAGAAAUAAUCCUAACUGAAGAACAAACACGUGAAUUUUACAAAGAGCAUGAAAAUCAAGACUACUUCCCAGUCCUUCUAGAGCAAAUGACCAGUGGUCCAACUCUUGUACUUGCCUUGACACGAGAAAAUGCUGUAGCACACUGGAGAGAUUUGUUAGGCCCAAAGGUUGUUGAAGAGGCUAAGAAGGAAAAUCCAAACAGUUUACGUGCAAAGUAUGCUGUUGACAACAUACCUAUUGGUCAGCUGCAUGGUAGUUCUACACCCAAUGAUGCUGAGAAGGAAUUACAGUUCUUCUUCCCUCGGGAGCACACUUUGGCAUUAAUCAAACCUGAUGCUGCUAAGAAGCAUAAAGAUGACAUUAUGCAAAAAGUUAAAGAUGCUGGAUUUGUCAUAUCAAAGAUUAAGGAAGAAGCUUUAACACGUGAAAUGGCUAUACAAUUUUAUAAGGACCAUGAAGGAAAACCCUUUUUUAACCAGUUAGUGACUUGCAUGACUGAGGGCCCAUCGGUGAUAAUGGUCUUAACAAAGGAAAAUGCCGUGGAAGACUGGAGACAACUGAUGGGUCCAACUGAUCCAGAAGUGGCAAAAGAGACCUCUCCUGAAUCGAUUCGAGCUCAGUUUGCACAAGAUAUUUUGUCUAAUGCUGUUCAUGGAUCAUCUGAUAGAGAACAUGCACUGAGCAGCAUUGAGUGCAUAUUUGGUGAGAUUGAUAUAAAUUGA